AUAUAGUGAAUGCAGGGUCCGGGGAGACCAGAUAUAGUGAAUGCAGGGUCCGGGGAGACCAGAUAUAGUGAAUGCUGGGUCCGGGGAGACCAGAUAUAGUGAAUGCAGGGGCCGGGGAGACCAGAUAUAGUGAAUGCAGGGGCCGGGGAGACCAGAUAUAGUGAAUGCAAGGGUCUGGCGAGACCAGAUAUAGUGAAUGCAGGGUCCGGGGAGACCAGAUAUAGUAAAUGCAGGGUCUGGGGAGACCAGAUAUAGUAAAUGCAGGGUCUGGGGAGACCAGAUAUAGUGAAUGCAGGGUCUGGGGAGACCAGAUAUAGUGAAUGCAGGGUCUGGG